AGCAGUCUGGAGUGGCAGCAUGCAGGAAUCCCCAGCAGAGAACCAGAGGAGGCCUAUGUCAUCUACCUCCAGAGACCCAGCCUAGGUAAGCAAACUGCAGCUGCUGUCCCAGCUCAGCCAUCAGCUUGACUCGCACCUCUGGGACCAUGUCCAGACGCCAGGCGAAUCCUUCGAACACUUACAGCCACGUGGGCCACCCUAAAUCUGCAUCCUUCCCACCCCGAUCCCCAGGCUGGCCCCAGGGCCCCAGCUUAAAUAGGGUUAGCAGAGGCCCACACAGCUGCAUCUGCAACGGUUCAGACUUCGGCACCUGCAGCAGCCACUCAGGGCAGUCCUUGGACCCCACCUCCCCCAGACUUUCCCAGGGAAGAGUGUGCACAGGCCAGUCCUACAGCUCCAGGUUUGCAGAGACCAGUCACCUGGUGAGAGGACCCGAGGUGGCCAGAAUGCCCAAUGGUCACAGCAGCGGCCCCCACUACCUGCUCUGUACGGACUGUCCUCCGAGCCAUUCCAGCUCCACCUUCCUAGACCAGCUCAUCAAGGGCAUCAACUACCUGGACCAAUCCACCAACGCCUUCUACAACUGCCCCCAAACCCUUAGUCUGCCCAAGCUUGCAGCCAACUACCUGGAACGAGCAGCCAACGCCUUCUACCUGGAGCACCUGGAACAUGUGCCCCUCAGUUACUCCAGCCGCAGUGCCGGUGUGGCUGCCUCUGGCAGCUCCACUGCCAGCACCUGUGUGGUGCCUUCCCCCAGGGGUGCAAAUACCUUGCAGUGCCUGGCCCGCUCCACCAGCGUGAGCAGGCAGCACCCACCUCAGAGCCAGGGCUUCACCCCUGUGCUCCCUCAGACGUCGGGUACCAAGCUGCCGGAGCUCCCUUUGUUCGGCAGUGGGCUCCUCAGUCAUUUGCCCAAGGUCAGGGAAGCCAUCCGCUCAGGCUGGAGUGCCCUGGAGCUUAGCUCCAAGCCCUCUACCUGGUGGUGACACCAGCUGUGCCAUGGGCACAUGUCCACCAGGCCACA